AUGUCGCCCAAUUCUUCCAUCACAGAGAAGAUAGCCCAAAUCUACACCCCCAACCCCUCCGGCACCGAGCCCGCCAGCACCCAAGCCGUCAUCUCAGCCCUCAAUCUCCAAGUACACGUCGAAGGCGGCUACUAUGCGGAAAUCGAUCGUAAUCCGCUUACAAUUCCCAACCCUUUCUUGGCAAAGAAUGGAGGCGAUGAAGAAGCGGAUGUGAAGAAUACAGCGGAGAAACCCAUGUCAGGUGACAAUGCGAUCAGGAACGCGAGCACGAGCAUAUACUAUAUGUUGAGUGCAGUGAAUCCGCAGGGACACUUUCAUCGGAAUAAGGGGAGAACUGUGCACACCCUCAUCUCAGGCCGAGGUCGUUACGUCCUGAUCCACGCCGAUGAGCCUGGCACUAAGAAACGCAUCGAAACGUUCGUUGUUGGGACCGACGUCACGAAAGGAGAGAAGAGUGUGUGGAUUGUUGAGGGCGGAAAGUAUAAGGCGAGUUUCCUGCUUGACGGAGCGGAAGGGAAGAGGUUGUUGAUUAGUGAGACUGUAAUACCCGGCUUUGAGUUCUCGGAUCAUGACUUCUUGACGAUGGACAAGUUCAAGCAGAUUGUUACGGAUGAACAGGCGAAGGAAUUGGAGUGGUUGGUGAGGAAAUCAUGA